CCUGUUUAAAUCAACGGGAUUUUAGAUUUUUUUUGAAUAAAAAUAAAUUAGCAGCGCUAGAAAAAGUUUUAAAAUGGCGUAUGCUGACAACUUUCUUCCUGCACCAGGAAAAGUCGACAUAUUUAGAAGCGUUUUUAAUUCAGCUUCAUCUCCUAUGUGUACAUCUUCAAGUUCACACGAUGCUAGAAAAAAAACAAUGUCACCUAUUGUUACCGGCACAUCAGUUUUAGCCAUCCGGUUUGAUGGAGGAGUUGCUAUUGCAGCAGACAUGCUAGGAUCAUAUGGAUCACUGGCCAAGUAUACUAGACUUUCACGUAUGACUGAGGUGAACCCAAAAACAGUUGUGGCUGCCUCUGGUGAUUAUGCUGACUAUCAGCAAAUAUCAGAGUACCUUGAACGAAUGAUGAUACAAAAUGACAUUGAAGAUGAUGGCCAUGGUUACACACCUCAAUCAAUAUUUUCCUUUCUACGCCUACUUAUGUAUCAAAAACGAUCUAAGUUUGAACCUUUAUGGAACACAUUGGUUGUUGGUGGGUAUCACAAUGGCUCAUCUUUCUUAGGAUAUGUAGAUAAAUUGGGUGUUGCUUAUGAAGAUAAUACAAUAGCAACUGGUUAUGGUGCUUACAUUGCUAGACCACUGAUGACAAAAGCACUUGAAAGUAAUCCUAAUAUGAGCAAAGCUGAGGCUGUAAAACUUCUCAUAGAUUGUCUAAAAGUUUUAUUUUAUAGAGAUGCAAGAUCCCAUAAUAGGUUUGAAAUAUCAAUCAUAACAGAGGAAGGUGUCACUAUGGAAUCAAACAUGAGUUUUGAAACAAACUGGGAAAUAGCACAUUUAGUGAAAGGUUACGAGUGAUGUUGUUGACAAAUAUUUGGGAGAUAAUGGAUGUUAUGUUGUCAUUGACCUAUGUUCCGGCGGUUUUCAUUGAAUGGCAUUGAGAAAGAAAUGGAUCAGAACGUUUUGAAAUUAAUUUUAAGUUGUAUUAGAUAAUUCAUUUUAAA